AUGACAGAAUGUUGUGUUGUAGGGGUCCGGAGAGAAAAAUGGGACAGCUUUGAAGGAAGCUGCCAUCAAGCCAAGAACUCUCAUGCAGAGAUAGUUACAUAUAUAAAAGGAGUGUCCUUGUUCUUGUCAAGCUCAGAAACGCUCAUUCUGCAGCAGAGAAGCUUGGCACACAGGUGUGUCUGGGAUCUGAAUGCUGCUCGUCCACAUUACACAGGAGGGCGGGGAUGGCCUCCUCCCAGAGUCUCCUGGAACUUGUACUCGCACUUAAUUAUUGUCUGCCUGGCUCAGUGGUUCUUAACAGUUCAACAGUUCUCUAUCGAAAUUGUGAAAUGUUUAGGACCACUUGAUCAGGACGACACGCUCUUCGGUAUGCAAAAAGAAUUGGACACCGUGAGGCGCCUCCACCAGGAUUAA